AUGGCUGUAGUAGGAUUUCGUGAGAAGAGGAAGUUGGCACAAAGAGCAGACAUUUUUGUUAGAUUUGAGGCUAAAGAACGAUAUAACAAUAUUAGACAAAUUUUAAAGAAAGAUCCUUCACUGAGAAAUGACGAAGAGAUCCAAAUGAUGGCAAACUCCCAAGAAAUAGUCCAAGAAAUCGAGAAGAGAUCUUGGCGACAAGAGCAAGCCAAGCGUCGAGUUGAAGAGGUGAGCUUUGUAUCGAAGAGUUUGUUCAUCCUUUUUCUUUCCUAAGAUUUAUUUUUAAUUUUUUACUUUCGUUUGACCUUGGAAAAUAGGUGCUAGAUCCUCCAGAUGUAUUGGAUCAAAAAACAACUGAACUUGCCGAAGCGAUUAUUAAGGCAAAAUGUCUUGUUGUUUACACUGGUGCUGGAGUGAGUACGGUAGGUUCCACUGAUGGUGAAUCGUUCUUUGCAUUCAAUUUUUCUCUUUUUCAAUUUUUUUUCGUCAAAAGAAUUAAACGAGACUUUUCCUUUUUCUCCCAGGCAGCUUCGAUCCCUGAUUACAGGUUGGUGAAUGCUAUGUCGGAAUAACACCGUUUUAAUAUCGUUGUAGAUCCUCUAAAUGCCUUAGUUAUAGUAUUUUAUGAUAUUUAUAUGAUAUCUCCUAUUUUGAUUUACAUGUUAGCUUACAUUUAAUUUGUAUAACAACUAUAGGGGCCCUGACGGAGUCUGGACUCGUCUUUCACGAGGAGAAAAUAUAGGGUAAAACACGAUGGAGUUUUUAUUAAAUAGUAUAUGUUAUUAUUAAUUAAUUAAUGCGAACGGGUUUCUCAUUUAGCUAAUUUAGCAGGUAAUUCGAAAUUUCAACUUAUUAGGAAUGUUGAUUUGAAAAAAAUGGAUUGUUUAAUUUUCUCUUCAUCCCCUUGGACCUUGGAAAAUUCUUUGACAAAGAGAAGUAAUUAUCAUGAAACUGUUUACAUCUAAUGAAAUUACUACAGUUAUUUUAAUAGUUAAAGAGAAUUUAGUCAUUUCUUGUGAUGCAUACAGUUCCAUGGAUUUCUAGCUUUAAAAUCACUAAAAGAAAAGUUUAAUUUGUGAAAUUGUCUAGCCCAGGCAUGGUUUCCAUCUGAGUGGAUUAGUCCUGAAGAGGGGGGUACCAACUCCAUUCCAUAACCCAUUAUUUCCAAAUCUCACUAACAAGUGGUCAACUCCCAUUUUCAUCAGCAGAAUUCAGAAAAUGUCACUGUUUCUCUUGUUAGCCCUUUUCUUGUGAAAUCUAGAAUUACCACUUUAACCUCUUCCUCUUGGCACAUGCAUAGCAAUUUACUUAGCCCCAUUUAAGUCACGUUUCCCAUAAUAUAUUUCCUCAUACAGGGAUCUGCUCUGUAUUGCAUGAUCAUUGCAAGUCUCCUCUAAGGACUCCAAGGAUUUUUUUUUGUAAAUUAUUUAGCCUGCAUAUUUUUUUCAGCUCUUAUAAUCUGACAGAUGCUGAUCCGACGUUAACUCAUAUGAGCAUUAUAAAGCUUUAUCAAGAAGGGCUGGUUAGUGUGUAGCUUAUCUUCCAAUUGCAAGCAAAAAUGAUAGAAGUGAACAUUUUUCUUGUACCUCAGUUAACCCUUUCACUCCCACAAGUGAUCAAGACAGAAUUUCUCCUUACAAUAUCAAUACAAUAUCAAGCAGGCAAGUGAUGAGAAUAGAGAGGAAUGUCUAUCAUGGGAUGAUAAGUUGAUCCAAUACCAAAUUCUCUGAACUAACAUCAUAAGAAUUGUAUGGCAGAUAGUAAGGAGAAUUACUAAUUAGAUCUUGGGAGUGAAAGGGUUAAAAACAAGUCAUUUGAAAGCAUGACCCCAUUUUUGCAUGACUCAGGAAACGUGGUUGAGUUUAAGCAUUAUGUUUAGGGUGAUGAAAAACAAUAAAAAUUCACCGUAAUUGUAAUUUAAUGCAAGUAAUUUAAUCCUUGUGGUGCACAAACUACUGGAAGGAGAUUGUGAAUGGUUCAACUUUAACCCAGAGCCUUAGUUGUCAUUCAUAACCUCUCUUUAGACUUUUGUAGCAGGGAAUACACUGAAAUUCACCCUCUUCUUCUGUUUUGCUGAACUAGCUUUGAACAAUGGUGCUAUAACCAGUUCAAAAUUUUUGGAACACCUUGAGCAAAAAAAUUAAAGUGCUGCCCCCCUUCUCAAAAAAAAUUAAAUGCUGCCCCACUUCCUCAAUUCAAUGUUGUUUAUCUAAGUUUUGUACAUGGUAAUACUUAGCUACCAAUAUUGCAAAAGGGUUAGUGGAUGAUAUAUUAUACAGGAUCACUUUGUGAACAAGCCACACCAUGCACAAUUGGCAUAUGAUACUGGUAUAGGCCAUUUAUAUACAUCACACAGUUUAGAAAACCCUCCUAAAUUAAUUGGUAAACAUUUUUUUUUUACACCUCAAAGAAGGAUGUUUUCGCUACAUGUGUGCAAAGAGUAUUUCAGAAAUCUUGAAAGUGAAAUGUGAACUAGGGAAAAAAAAGAAGAAACAUGGUUUCUGAAUGAUUUUCAACCCAAAAAACUAUACAAACUGAGCAAAAGUAAGAAAAUGAACCAAAAUUUGACUCUGGUUUAUUAUGCUCUUAGCCUUGCAAGAAUUGAUGUCUUUCAGCCUGGUGAUAAAUUAGCAUUAACAUUAAAAAAAAAAUCAGAAAAAAAGAAGGGAUUUUCCAGAAGUGGCUUCUAGAAGAGGAUUGUAAAAACAAAAUAAGUAAAUUUCUUUUGGUAUAUGGCUGAUGCAGAUGAAAUGAGUGGUAAAGAAUUCAGUUUUGCAUGUGGUGAUAUCAAUACCAUAGGACAAUGUUCUUGCAUUUUAUUCGGUUGUCCUGCAGAUUUAGUACUUUCAUGAAUGUAAAACUUUUGAGUUCAAAAGAGGAAUUCUUCCAUGUGGCCAUUUCAUUUUAUUUUUCAGGUGAAACAUGUGGUGUCACAGAAUUGUGAUGGCCUGCAUGUCAGAAGUGGUCUUCCACCGGAAGCUUUGUCUGAGAUCCAUGGGAACAUGUUUGUUGAGGUGUGAUUGAUCAUCUUAUUACCAUGCUGAAUAGUGUUUCUAUGAAAUGAUGACUGAUAGGCUCUAAACACAACAAAUGGAUCAUAAUGGUUCUACUUGUAGGCAACAGUGCUUAAUAGUAACCAUGCACAAUAUUUGUUUAAAGCUGUUAUAGAUGACAAUUCAGCUUUUGUAUUUUGGAAAAGAUAAUAUCACACAUUAGUUAAAUGAAAUAUUAUAUUGCCCUGGGAGGACACUUGUCACAGGGUUGGAGCAUUCUGAUUGUUUUAGUUUCUGAACAAGUAAAUAACAAUACUAUCAUUCAUUUUUACUGCAGGUGUGCACAGAAUGUGAAGAGAAGGACAGAACUUACUAUCGUCUAUUUGAUGUGACAGAAAAUACAAGACUGAGGAGGCAUCAAACAAAUCGAUAUUGUUGUGAAUGUGGCUCACAGCUAAGAGAUACCAUAGUUCAUUUCGGUGAAAAGGGUAACCUGCAUUGGCCUUUAAACUGGCAAGGAGCAUUAGAGAAGGCCAAAAUUGCAGAUUGUAUUCUUUGUCUGGGAUCCAGCUUAAAGGUAUUUAUGGAAAGAUGAACUUUUGGUUUUUUUUGUACUAUAUUUUAAUGUACAAGAGGAGGUGCAUUAUUGGGAGCCUGAGCCAGAUAUUCAACAAGCAAAAACAUUCAUCAUAUUAACAAGACUCAUACUGAAGUUUCCACCAUAAUCUUGCUACCUUUGCCCAAAUAUCUUAUUUUAAAAUACUUCACCAUUCAUUUUUUGUUUCCAUGGUUUGAAUGAAAUGUAAAGAUACUGUGAACUAGCUUUCUUUUCCACUGUCCACACUCCAGUAUCUCCAUAUAGUUUCUUGGAGGCUGAGAUGUGUUGUUCCUGAAGGAGAUGAACUCUACCUAAAGUACAUAGUCUGGUCAUUAAUAAUUGAAAUUAAAAAGACUCAGCAAAUCAAUUGAAUUAACUUGCAAUAGAGGCAUCCCAAGCCCACAUCUUGCAAACAGGGAAAAGUAAUCAUCUGUUCUCUCAUUAAGUGUUCCACAUUGUAAAAUUUUGUCAGAAGGCGCUGCAUGACAUCCCAAAAAAUGGUUGGGUUUAGUCUGCAUGACAUCAGUCAUUUCAUAUGGUGAUCUCUACAGAAAAUAUAUAAUAAACUCAAUGAUCGUUAACUUUUAAUACCCUAAAUCCACCCAUUGGUAGGCAGAUAUAAAAGGUGUAAUUACCCCUAGUUCUCUUUGUUGUCUCAAGCAAUUUGGUAAGCUUUGGGAUGGAUGAUCCCCUCUUAUCAGCAGCAAACCCCUAGGAGGAACUGGCCAUUGUAAAUAAAAUAACUAACUUCAUGUUACCCCAAACCCAAAGGCAUUCCUGCCUGUGGUGCAGGCAUGAAAAAUGAAAAAAAGAGAGAUUGUGUAGGUCAGUCUGUGCUAUGGCACCAUAGGAAUGUUCAAUUUGCACAGGAUGAACCUUGUUCACCAACAUGGUCACCAUUUUAUCAUUUCUAAUGCCUGUGAUGCUAUUUGGAAACAAUCUCCAGAAAACCAAAAUUCUGAAACAGGCUAGUUGUAAGUUAGUUUUAACAAUAAAGCCUUCACUUUCUUAAUGUGUUUUUGACUUUAUUUUUCCAAAGGUGCUAAAGAGGUACCAUGCUUUAUGGGGGAUGAGUAGAGUGAAGACAAGGAGACCCAGCCUUUAUAUUGUUAACCUACAGGUAAUGUAGCAUUAUGACUGGUAACUUGAUGACUUGAUAGUGUGACAGUACAGUGAAAAUAGUGCCAUUUCUCUAAGGUUCACCAAACUUAAAGACAUUUUGGAUCAUCGGGUUUACCAACAAACCAAAGUGGUCUGGGUGACAAAUUUUCAGAAGAAAUAUGAAAAUACAAACUCUUUCUGUUUGAUUUCCUAAAAUUUUCUUUCUUAUAGCAGCUUUGGCCAUAUGUGUACUUCCAGAUGUAAUUUGUCUCUAGGUUCUGGCUAAAAGUCAGUUCUUAAAUUGUGUGUAUGCUGGGGAAUGGGGGAUGACUCAUUUAAUUUUUGUAUUUUCCUUAUUUUUUAAUAUUCUCUCCAUGGCUUUCCAUAUAUGUACAAUUACAUAUGGAGAUAUUUGUUUAUCUAGUUGUUUGUUUUUUAUUUAUUUAUUAUUUAUUUAAGCAAUAGAACUCAUAUUCCAGGGUUUUAUAUGUUAGGAGAACACAAGGAGAGCUUCGAGAGUGUUCUUCCAACAUCCAAAGUGGAUUUAUAAUGUUUUAAGAAGUAUUCUGUUGCUUGUAGUUGCUGGUUUUCAUUAAAGCCCAUUACAAAGCAUGAGAAACCAAUCACCUUGCCCAAAAGAAAAUGAAAAACUUACAAUGACUGAAUUUAUGAAUGAAAUCUUACCAAGGAUCUGAGUAGAAAUUAAAAUAAAAUGGCAGAAAAAAAAUGUUAUAAAUUAAAAUGAAGGCAAAAAUUUAUAGAAAAAAAAAUUUUUGCCAAAGAACUCCUAAAUCUUGACAAGGAAAAUGGAAAAAAAUCCAAGGGAGAGCUCUACAUGAAAAAUGAGUAAUACAGUAGUUUCAGUAGGAAUUAUAUAACAAGUUAUCUUGUCUAUUCAAUAUUUAAAUUUAGUGGCUUCAGUUACUUUGAUGAAUAAUCCAAAAAGGCACGGAGUUACUGAAGCCAAAACAAAAAUUUUUCAGACUGCUUUUGCCACUAAAUGCUGCCUCAUACUCACUAUGAGCUGUUUUUCAUAAGUACAUGUAUUUGUCAACUUAUUUAUUGUCUAAAAUUAUGUCAAGUAAAUGUUUUGAUGACACUAUGAUGUAGAGAAUAUCUCCUAAGAGGAACUUAGCACAUCAGCAAAUAAACAUCUCAACAAUUUGCCAAGUGUAGAAGAAAGAUUUUUGUCACAUAAACUACAGUGAUAUACAAAGAUUUCCAGCCCUAAGAAAAGCCCUAACAACACACGUGAAAAAAUACUAUAUUUUUUUCAUGUGUGUUUGAUAUUGCCAAUCAGCUGCUGACAUGUCACUUGCCUUUUGCAUCAAUUGGUCAGGUUGAUGAAUGAAAGGCAAAGCCUUCACCAUUCUCUGUUCAUGGAUGUUUGUCAGAAUUUCCUUGUAGUAUGGCUGCUAAAUCAUUGAAAAUGGCUUACAGACAGUAAUGUUCAAACUUUCCUAGAAGAGAAAGAAAACCACAAUUUGAAAAGAAAACUGAAAGUUAUGUAUUCAUUGACUUGUGUAAUGGCAUUUCUCGUGGCUGAGAACGAAAAUUGACAACUGGAAGAUUUGCCACAGGUCGAUUUUAGCUUUGUCAUGGAAAGAUUUCUAUAUGUAAUGAAAAAGUCAACAACUGACAAUUUUGUUUAUUGAAAAUUAUGUCCAUUGUUGUUUUGUAGUGAUGCAGUGCUUUUUUUUUUCAUAUUGAGCUUUAUCACCGAUGCACUUUAUGAUUUUUUUUUGGGGAUUGUCGAUCCUUUUUUCAUUUGUAAAUAAAGUCAACUUUCCUCAUCAGUUUAGGGCUAUUGUGUUUAUUUGAUAAACAAAAUAAUACAUGGUUACUUGUAGAUAUGGAAUAUCUCUUCUCAUGUUCAACUCGACAUCUCACGUGUUUGCUGUGCUCACUUGUAAGCUAUCGAGUUGAACACUGGAAGAGAAAUUCCAUAUCUACAUGCACUUAUGUAUUAUUCACUAUACAAGCCACAGUCAAAAUCUUAUUUAAACAGUAUAUUACCAAAUAGCCCUUAAAUUUACAUGGACAGAAACACCUUGAACUACUUUCUCCUACAUUGUAUAGUGUCCCUUCAGUCUUUGAUUUUGAAAGCAAUUGAGUGUAUGAAAUACAGGUUUCAUUUUAGUAAUUGUUUGCUACAUUUGCAUUGAGGUGGAUGUAACAUGCACCAUUUGAUGUGGAACUGUAUCUAUUGCUUUCAUCACUAUCUGCUUUCAAGGCCACAAUCGAUACCGUCAGAGUAUCAGUAUAUAAAUCUAUCAAUUUAUGUGGUUUGGAGUGAUUAAAUAAUUUUACACAUGAUGCAUGCAAUUUAAUUAAAUUUCUGUGAAUUUUUAAGUGCUUCCUGUUUUGAUCAAAAUUGAAUCUUUCACAAAUCAUAUUUUUACACUUCAGUGGACUCCAAAGGACGACCUUGCGGCACUAAAGAUCAGUGGUGAGUUUCACACAUCAACAAAAUGUUGAUGAGUUGUAUUACUUAUAUUGUAAAAUAUUAUUACAUGGCUUCUCAUAGAGAAUAUGUCUGUCAAAAUUUCAUCGCCAUCAAGUGAUCAUUGCCUGGAGGUGCCAACCUCUGAAAAUCUAGUUUAUGGAGAUGUAUGAUUUGCAAUUGCGUUUUCCUUCACAAACAACUAAGGGUAGUAAAAAUAACCCUUUCACUAAUCACCCAUAUGCUGGUAAUCGGGUAGCAAAUUUAUGUCUCCAUAAAGAAAUGGCCUCAAUACUCACAACCUGUUUCUUAGGUCGCUGUGAUGAUGUAAUGGAGAGAGUUAUGGCUAAACUUGGACUUGGUAUUCCCGAGUAUAAAAGGUUUGUUUGGCUCUGUACUUUUGUUUAUUUUACUCUAAAUGUCCUUGAUCUAAGUGAACUGCUAACAGGAGUUGUGGAUGGCCAUUUUUGUACAAGUAUACAGAAUACUUUGUCAUAUUUUGAACAGUUUGUCUUGACAGCUUAUUCACCAUGUUUUCUGAUACUUGUAGAGGAGUGUUAAUGUCAGAUUUUUGCAUAUUUUUGCUCUUGUUCUCUUUUCAUUCGCAAAGUGAACAUUUUUUAUGAAAGCAGGAGUAUGGUUAUAUUAGUUUUCCUUUUUUAGCUCAUUUCAAUGUCUCCUGGUGAUUACUUUGACCUCCCUUUACCACUACUUCUAGAAAAACAUGCUUAUUUAAGUUGUUUUUCAGUUUUAUUUCCUUGGUUUCCUAUUUACAUUGUGGCUUAAGGAAAAAUAAAUUGUUUCUUGUAGUAUCUUUUGGGGUGACAUAUUGAUGAAGAAUGUGCCAGUGCCUUCCAAUGAAUUGCAUGAAUUAUGUGAAAAUUAUUAAUUUUUUAAUGUGUUAAGUACCCCAUUUACCCUCAGAUAGGACACAGUUUAAACCAGAAAAGUAAGAUAAAAGUUAGGGUGCUUCUUAAAUGGAGGUGAAAGUGUUUUGACACCUCGUUAUUAUACAUGAUAGCUCAAAGUUUUGUCUUACACUUUAAUUGUUGUAUAUUCAUUGUAAGGCAACAGUCUUUGUAUACAGAGGUUUCUCCUUCUUGGAGUUGAUAACAAACUUCUUAGUCUCCAGCCUUAAAACGAUAUAUUUCGGAAUAUUCUAUUUGUGACUGCAGCUUUCCUUUUUGUUACUGAGUGAAAUUAAAGAUAGGCAGCAGUCAAUUCCGUGGAUUUUAAAAAGCAUACGAUUAUUCUGGUCUGUUUAAGUGUUUAAAAAUAGCUUAUACUAAUCGAUCCAAACGUUAACGUCAACUCAAAAUAAUUGAACCAAACCAAUCAGCCAAUUACCCUCAACUGUUUCCACGGCUCAUGUUUCAUAUCAGAUCAUAAACAAUCGCAAUUGUUCAAAAUAGUGUUGGGUUUGCGCCUAAACUUGAAUUUUUUUUGUUCAACGGUGCCUAGAAUAAACUCUGAAAAGAAGUUUUAUGAUGAAAAUUUGCCUAUUAAAGGUGAGAAGCAAUUGAAAGAACUAAAGUAAAUCCUGAUUGCUCCAGAAGCUUCUAAAACGCAUGGAAUCACUCAAUGCCAUUACUUGUUUUCUUUUUACUCCAUUACUCGUUACUGAGUUACUCUGUUUAACAACAUCCCAAUUAUAGAGGGAAGCCCGAGUGAAGGCCACUGUCGCCUUUCGUUCAUUUUAUUCUAAGCUGGCUUUAUAAAUUUUACAACUGUUCUUUGUCAGUGGGUUUCAUUACGACAGCUGCAUGAUUUCUGAUCACAAUUUACUAAUUAUCUUUUCAAAGUUUGGGGGUGUGGCUUAUACACGGAUGCCACCUAUUCGCGGGUGAAUUCGGUACAUAUGUGAUUGUAGUUCACCUAUAGCCCAUAAAAAGCCAAAGAUGACAGUUACAAAAUGUCAUACACUCAAAAAUUCAAAACAGAUGAUGUAUUUUUAAACUCUUUAAAUAGAUGAACUGGUUUUUUGUAAUAUUCAUUACAAUUCCUCUGCAAGAUUCUUUACAAUUCUUAAAAAAAUAGCUCUUUGUUUUGCAGAAAAUACAUGGUCGUUGUGAGAUGAACUGACCUAUGUUUUUUUUUUGGUUGUCUUGUAGAUGUAAAGACUCUCUUUUUACUCUCUCAACGCCACUGAGGACCCAUGAAUUGGACACUUUUAGCACCAAAUGCUUAACUGUUACAGUCCAGCAAUGUAACCAGUCCCUUGAAUAUGUCAAAACUGACACUGUGGUAACUGAAGGACUAGAAUGUAAUAACUGUGAGGACAAUAACUCGUCUUGUUGUAAAACUGAGAAAGGUGUUCUCUCAAAUCCUAAACAUCCAGGUUGGUUUGGUAAAGGGUUCGCAAAGGUCAAGAAACCCAGAAAGAAAAGGAGGCUGAGAUGAUGAAUACUCGUGAGCACUUAAUUGUGGAAUCAUGCAGUUAGUAUUUCCACAGAUGAAUUUGGUCUUUCGAGAAAAACCUGUUUCAUUGCGAUGUUUUUUGUCGUCGUCUAAUGAGAAGGCUUCUAAUGUACACAUAUUACAAACAUAACAAGAAUGGAAAAUAUAGCACAGUGGUCAAACAUCUAGACAUAGGCGAGCGUUUUAAUGGCUUUGAGGCUGUCUUAGCAAAGCUGUCUCCUAGGAGAUACGAAAAACCGCACAAGCCAGUUAGUCACAGUGUUUUUUAAACCAAUAAAGCUUAAAACAACAUGAUAAAUCAUCAGAAUAUCUGUAAUUGAGUGAGCUUUGUGUUCAAAAAGUCUCCGGG